AUGGGAAAUAUUGUAACAACGUUUAGAAAUAGUAUGGUUGACUUUUCAUCAGCUGCAAGACAUUAACAAAAAUUUUUAUCUUAGAAGCAUCAAAAGACUAAUAGAUUAAUUAUGACAUACUUCUAUAGCACAAUAGUUGUGGCAGGGUUAUAAUACUAAAUAGGGUACGAAGAAAAAAAAGUAUAAAGAAAUUAUCAUAGUUUGAAAGACUUGAUUGAAAAAGAUAAAUUUUCCUUAACAUACGACCUUAGUAAAGAAGAGUUAGAAAGAAUAAAUUAUUGA